GAACUCAGUGGCGCUUUCCCUGGAACCUGAGCUCGCCGCGUCGUCCUCUUCCUUCUCCGUCUCCGUUUUAUUUAUUUAUUUCUGUUCCCGCUGCCGUUCUCGGUGACCUUCACUCCUCCGCGGGCUCCGGGCAGAAGAGUCGCUUUCUCGCCCGCCUGAGACUCUUUUCCUCGCGCCAGGAGCUGCGGUGGCGCUGCUGUGCCCCGGGGGCUCUGGGACUGCCGGACUGCACACUCCACCGAGGUGCCCUCCGACCCCACCCCCACCAGCCUCCUCCCUCUUUUUGAUUUUCUGGUGCGGGUUUCUGCUUGUACCGCCAAGUGUAUCUCCCCUUUUUGGAGGGGCUGGGGAGUUCCUGCCGGACGUCUUGGAGAGUCAUCCUCUUGGCUCUACCUACUCUUCUCUCUCCGGGUCUCACCCAACCAAACCAAAGACCAUGGUGCACUGUGCCGGCUGCAAAAGGCCCAUCCUGGACCGCUUCCUCUUGAACGUGCUGGACAGGGCCUGGCACGUCAAGUGCGUCCAGUGCUGUGAAUGUAAAUGCAACCUGACAGAGAAGUGCUUCUCCCGGGAAGGCAAGCUCUACUGCAAGAACGACUUCUUCCGGUGUUUCGGUACCAAAUGCGCCGGCUGCGCGCAGGGCAUCUCCCCCAGCGACCUGGUGCGGAGAGCGCGAAGCAAAGUGUUUCACCUGAACUGCUUCACCUGCAUGAUGUGCAACAAGCAGCUCUCCACCGGCGAGGAGCUUUAUAUCAUCGAUGAAAACAAGUUCGUCUGCAAAGAGGAUUACCUAAGCAACAGCAGCGUCGCCAAAGAGAACAGCCUCCACUCGGCCACCACGGGCAGUGACCCCAGUUUGUCUCCGGACUCCCAAGACCCGUCGCAGGACGACGCCAAGGACUCAGAGAGCGCCAAUGUGUCGGACAAGGAAGGCGGCAGCAAUGAGAACGAUGACCAGAACCUGGGGGCCAAGCGGAGGGGGCCGCGCACCACCAUCAAAGCCAAGCAGCUGGAGACGUUGAAGGCCGCCUUCGCCGCUACACCCAAGCCCACGCGCCACAUCCGCGAGCAGCUGGCUCAAGAGACCGGCCUCAAUAUGCGUGUCAUCCAGGUCUGGUUCCAGAACAGACGCUCCAAGGAAAGGAGGAUGAAACAGCUGAGCGCCCUGGGCGCCCGACGCCACGCCUUCUUCCGCAGUCCGCGCCGGAUGCGGCCGCUCGUGGACCGCCUGGAGCCGGGCGAGCUCAUCCCCAACGGGCCCUUCUCCUUCUACGGAGAUUACCAGAGCGAGUAUUACGGGCCCGGAGGCAACUACGACUUCUUCCCGCAAGGUCCCCCGUCCUCGCAGGCUCAGACCCCAGUGGACCUGCCCUUCGUGCCGUCAUCCGGGCCUUCCGGGACACCCCUGGGUGGCCUGGAGCACCCGCUGCCCGGCCACCACCCGUCGAGCGAGGCGCAGCGGUUCACCGACAUCCUGGCGCAUCCUCCCGGGGACUCGCCCAGCCCGGAGCCCAGCCUGCCCGGGCCACUGCACUCAAUGUCCGCCGAGGUCUUCGGACCCAGCCCGCCCUUCUCGUCGCUGUCGGUCAACGGCGGGGCGAGCUACGGGAACCACCUGUCUCACCCCCCCGAAAUGAACGAGGCGGCCGUGUGGUAGCGGGGGUCGCACGAGGUCCGCGGAGUUCGUGGUUGUACAGAAAUGAACCUUUAUUUAAGAAAAAUAGGAAAAAGAAAAAAAAAAAACUUAAAGCAAGUCAUCCCGCCCCCCUCAACUUCCUCCAGCCUCGAGGACCAUUUUCCGUCUGGGGAGACCGGAUGGGAAAGGGGGACACGAAAUAGGAUCCAAACCUGCCUGGAAGAAGGACUGGGAUCCCUGCGCUGGCUGGCAAGGUGCAGAACUGGGGCUUCCGAAGGGAAAUGGAGACCGCUCCCCACCUCCCACCUGGACCCGGAUUCCCGGACAGACACCGCGGGCGUGAGCGCGAGGCCGGCGGGCGGCAAGAAAACAACCAGGGCAGCCGCGGGAGCGGCCAGCCGAUGGUGACGCCGGGAACCGUGGGGAGGGAGGCUGCGCUUGUAGCCGCUGGAGGGAGGUGAUGCGACCGGGGGCGCUCCGGGCCAACCAGGAGGGUCCUGGAUCUGGGAAGUCUGUUAGUUGUUGUCUCAGAGUUCAGCAACAGCGACAACAAACUCUUAUAGCUUCAGAAACGCCGACCUGCUGUGCAUCAGGUGGGACUAUAUAUAUAUAUUUUUUGUCUAUCUGGGUUUUUUGGUUUUUUUGUUUUUGCCAAAAUUGCAAAAUUCUAAAUGUAAAGCCCUCAGUAUCAACUCUUCUACCUUCACAAGGCUCUACACACACAGAUACACACAGACACCCACCCACACACACAGACACAGACACAAACGAUAGGACGGUCUCUAGCCAGACCUCUCAGUAAAAUGACUUGAACAUCAGCUGUACAAGAAAAGUAUUCUACCUUCACACACACAAAAUUUUUUUAAAAAGACUAUUGAACUAAAAACAGUCAACUGUUUACGUAUAAUGUUAAAUUCAGGAGUUCAGUGUUUUACUAAUAUAACCUGUUUUGAAACCUCUUGUUCAAAACAAAAUGUUUUGAGCAAUCAACCAAAAUUGUUCAUUUUCUUUUCCUGUAGAUGUUCUGACAGAUUUGCAGGGCUCACAGCUCACUGUGCUAGUAUGUAAAAAGGUGUUGUUUACACAAGGCAAAGAGAAAACAUGAUAUUCAGAAAUUUGCCAAAUAGAAUAAUUAUAGCACAAAUACUGUAAAGGUGCCUGGCACCACAACCUGAGAACGUGUUAAAAAAAAAAAAGUGUUACAAGGUUUAAAAAAAAAAAAAUCUUUGCUAAUUUUUAGUCCUGUUGAACAUUCAUGGAAUUGUUAAUAUGACUUAUAUAGACCCACACAGGUUUUAUUUUUGUGUCUUUAAAAUAAAAGUCCAAAAUAUUUAAAUUUUAUGGUCAAAUAUGCAGUCAACAGCUGCUACUUUUUUCUUUAUAUAUUAAAUUUCUCAUAUGUCUUUUAUUGUUCUGAUAACCUAAGCUUGUGUGACCUCCAGUGCAUAUUAGACCAUUCACUGUAUGAAAGAAAACAUGUUGAAUAAAUUUGUGAGUUUUUAAUAAAAAUAGAAAAUCUGA